AUGUCUCCUUUUCGGCUCACUUAUGGGAAACCAUGCCAUCUUCCAGUUGAGUUGGAGCAUCGUGCACAUUGGGCAGUGAAGACUUUCAACAUAAACAUUGAUGCCACUGGACUUCGUAGGAAAUUGCAAUUGAAUGAGCUUGAGGAAAUUCGGACUGAAGCUUAUGAGAAUGCUCAUAUUUACAAGGAGAAAACAAAGGUUGCCCAUGAUAAGAUGAUUCGUAUCCAAAUUCAAAGUUUAAAGACAGGACAUGAAUUCAAAGUGAAUGGACACCGCUUAAAGCCAUACUAUGAGUGUUUUGAGAAGCAUGUAGUGAAGGAUGUAUCCCUCCAUGCCAUUGACCCUAGUGAAGCUUAA